AGUGCGUCACCUUUUGGCGAGCGUGGAGGAGAGCUGAGGAGGAUUGCCGCAUAAUUUCCCUUAAAGGAUAACAUUAUAAAUUAGUAGGAUAUGGUGAAAAUAGCAUUUAAUUCCGCCCUUGCACAAAAGGGUCUCGGAAAAGAAGCUCUAGUUUCUGAGAAGGAUCCAGAGACUGCGUCUGUAUAUGGAAGCGAAAGCUCCACUGGCCGCUGUCUACUCACUCUGCUCGGCCUCGCGUUUAUCCUGUCCGGUCUGAUUGUGGGGGGAGCCUGUGUUUACCGGUACUUCACACCUAAGAGGCUCUAUCAUGGCACGAUGCACUUCACUGAGCUGGCCCCUGACGCUGCCGGCGUGGAGACGCGCGAGCCUUACUACCUGCCACGCGUGGAGGAGGAUGUCGAGAUUCGCGAUAACAUGGCCGUCAUUAAUGUCCCCGCACCGCGGUUUGGGGAGGGAGAUCCCGCCUACAUUCUGCACGACUUCCAGAGGAAGCUGACAGCGUACUUAGACCUGACUCUGAGGAACUGCUAUGUGAUUGCCCUGAACACCACUGUCGUUAUGGCACCUCGUGACCUGCUAGACCUCUUCAUGCAGCUCAUGUUGGACUCUCAGAAGACGUACCUGGUCCAUGAAGAUCUGGUUGUGACGGAGCGGAUUGAUGACCUUGCCCCACUAGGGUACUACAUCUACAACCUCUGUGAUGGGAAACCCACCUAUCGCAUGCAGCGGCGCAGUGACAUCGUCGGCAUUCAGAAACGCUCUGUAGAGGACUGCUUCACCAUCCGUCACUUUGAGAACACAUACGUGAUGGAGACCAAGAUCUGCCAAGCCUGAGGGACCAGGGCGGAGUCCAGAGGGGACGGCGGGGGUGGGCGGGGAAUUUCCCCAGCGGAGCGGACGGAGGGGGGG